GAGCACCGCCAGUGACGGAGAGCGAAGCAUGAUGCAUCAGAAAAUAGCUUGUGCAGCGCUUUUGGCACAAACAGCUCUUGGCUUGGUCCCGACGCGUCACCUCUCGCGCCCGCGCCUUGCACCCGUGGCGUCGAUGCCCGAAGGCCUCGCUGCAUGGGGCUGCGACGACUUGCUCUGGAGCCAGAUACCACCGGGCGCGAAACGCGACUUGACCCGCUUCGCGCGCGACGGGGUGGAGGACCUUGCGCGGAACCGGCUGCAGACGAUGCGGGAGGUCGUAAGCUUCGUCGACGCCGCCGACGACGCGCCGUGGGAGAAGGGGCCCUGGGAUACGGCCGUCAUCACGUGGGAGGCCGACCAGGCGCAUCAAGAAGCCGAGGCCAAGGCGAGAGCGAAGGCCGAGAAAGCCGCCGCGGCGAAGGCGAAGCGCGAGGCGGCGGCGGCGGCGAAGGCUGCGGCGGAGGCUGCGUGAGGGCUCGGGAGUAAGCAUACCACAAGGGAGUAAAAACUAAAAGCCCCAAUCCAGA